GGUUUCCACGAAAUUAGGUUACUCGACUGUAUUACUCCUCAUGAUUAGAAGAGGAGUAAUAUAAACAUAUAAACCAUUUUUGGAGACUAGUUUGUCAAGUUGACAUGAGUUAGGUCGAAUUACUGUCAAUCCGGGAGAGGGGGUGGGCGGGGGAUAUUUUUAUGCUUUACCGGUACUUACCGGAGUAUUUUUUUCUUGUUACUUUCAGAGGAACAUAAAAAGGUGAAAAGCAAACAUAAGAGUGACAAAUCUAUAUCACCUGUCACCGCAGGCAUCAGUCAUCUGUAUUUUGAAGAGAAAAAACACAAAGACUCUAAAGAUUAUGUCAUCGAUGUGCCAAAAUUGGCUGAACACUAUCAGAAAGUCCAUACUACCGGUACUCCCACUAUGAAGGAUGGACCAAAAACUACUCAAAUAGUGCAGGAAAAAGAUAGUGGAAAAUUAGAUCAAAUGUUCCGUAAAAUUAAAAAUAAGACGAUUGAAAUUGGUAAAAAAUUAAAAAGUAAAACAAUUGUGGCUGGUGGUCAUGUGAAGAACAAAACUAUUGAACAUUUAAAAGUAUUAGGGAUGAUUAAACCAGAAAAUAAAACUAAAUAUGUUUCCUACCCAGGAAAAUUCAAUCUUUCUAUAACUUUAGAAGACAUUAGUAAUAUUAUGAAAGACACUGAAUUUAUGAAAAAAUUACAUCCAUUAGACCUAAACGGCCCGAUUUUAUCAAGUACAAAAAAUAGGACAGCAAACUUUACUUUCAAUAUGGAUUAUCAUAUUGGUUUCUGUGAUUGUUGGGAGCGUCAUUGUGUAUGCUGUGCCCGUGUGGCUAAUAAAAGACUACACCUAAACUCUACUAUUUGCAGUAAUUUCACCUUUAUCUCUAAAACACAUGAGUUAGAUCUAAAAGUUUUAUUAGAUGAUCAAAUUAUACAUAAAGAUAUCAUAUCAGCUGAUGAACCACCAUUAAUGUGUUUAGGUUCUGUCUCUAAAGUUGUAGAUAUCUGUAUUCAUUUCUUUAAUGUGACUUUUAAAGUAAAUGCUCAUGAAGACCACAAAACUCAAUUAUUGGGGUGCACAGACUUCUCUCUUAAUCUAUUUAAUAAAACUAUAGGAGCUCAUCCAGUAGACUGUUUUCAGAUACCAGGGGAUACAAACCAGAAACAUAAAGAGCAUUCAUUUAAUUUAUUUGGAAAUUGGAUGCCAUAGUAAGAGGUUUUCUUUUAAAAAUAUAAUUAUCAUUCAAGUUCUAUCUUAUUGUUUGUUGAGCCUUUAGGGAAAAUGUGUGAUAUCAAAUGAACAAGUGCAUGUCAGAUGCUGCUUAUAUGGAGAUUAUAGUCAGGUCAAUAUAUUAUACAAAACAGCAUUUAUUUUUAAGUUGAAUGGCUAGUAAUGGAGUAGACACUGAUCUUAUUUGGAUAAGGAAUUUGCUUCAUUUAAAUUCAUAUCGCUUUUUCAUUUACCUAAUAUUCUUUAUGUAUAUAACUUUUUGGGUGGCUUAUAUUUGAAAAUCACAUCUAUAAAACAUGUGUAAUUUAUUUCAUGUUAUUCAACUUUCUAAAAAUGCACUUGUUUUGGUCUAUAGGAAUCUAGAAUAUCUCGAUGAUUGUUCUAAAUAUAAUGUGCCAUUAUUUGUAAAUUUUUAAUGCUGAAAUCAACAGCAUUUAUGUCAAUAAAAUAUUGAUUAGCCCAAUCAAGUGCACAAAAGUAGAACAAUGCAAUGUAGUGUGCCAAUUAGUAUUGGCUUUCAAAUGAAAUUUAGACCACCAACUGCAAUGGCUCUUCCUGUAAACCUUUGUUGCAAAUAAUGAGAUUAGUAGUGUAGAUUAUAUUCUGAAUAAAAUAUUUUUUGGUGCAUUUAUCAUCUAAAAUAUUUGUUUCACCAUCUGAAAAGCUCAAUUUCAACAAAUUGCUUUCAAAAAUAAAUAUUUUAUUUAGAAAUAAAAGGACAGUUGAAAUUGAACUCUCUCAGCUGCUGAAACAAACAUUUGUGUAUAUCCUUAGUGUAAUAUAAUUAAAGCUGGUUAAUUUAGAAAAUCUAUAACAGGGUAAGAACUGAGUAAAUGUUAAAUGUCAUAUCAUGAUUUAUCAAACUACAGAUGUUUAUAAAUGAACAAUUGUUAAGUAUUUUAUGUUAUAAUUGCAUAAAUAUUCUAUUUCUAAAAUUGAUCAAUGUUUUACAUGCUCAAAACACUACCUGUAUGAGCAUUUGAGAAAAGCAUAUUUUGCGAUUAGUGACUUGUUUUGGUGGAAUAGCAGGAACCACUGAUAAGAAAUUGAAAUGGUGCAAAUUGAUGCUACCAGUGUUCCCAAUCACAUAAAAUUGUUUUUAGCAAACCUCAAUGCCUUAAAAAAAAUUUUCAACUCAUAAGUAAAGAAUCCCAUCUUUAUUUUUCAAGAAGUUCAAGGGAAUCAUGGAUACAUGGAUACAUUCAGAGAAUUGUUAGGUUGUAAAUCUUUAUUUUAUUAUCUGUAUAUAUUUUAGGAGGUUUUUUUUAAAAGAUUAAAUUUUAACCCUCUUAUUG